AUGGAUAAGCUAACAGUUAUAUCAGGAACGUUAUUUAUGGCAGCAGAUGUUUUUGCUAUAGUUAGCCUUGCUAUGCCAGACUGGAUUAUUACUGAUGUUGGAGGUGACACUCGUCUUGGAUUAAUGUGGUCUUGUAUGACACUCUACAAUAGACCUCAAGUAUGUUUCACUCCGGACUUGCAACCUGAAUGGCUAUUAGCAUUGAUUUGUAUACUUAUUGGAUGUGUUUGUAUUACAAGUACCGUAAUACUCUUGGCAUCGAGCCAUUUUGAUCGUAAUGUCAUUCCAUACGCAAGAUGGGUCGGCUUUGCAGCAAUGGUUGCAUUUUGCCUUGCUGCAGUUAUUUUUCCAAUGGGAUUUCAUGUAGAUGAAAUUGGUGGACAACCAUACCAGUUACCAAAUAGUCAUCAAGUUGGAAUAUCGUACAUACUGUUUGUACUAUCACUAUGGAUAACUGUAAUAUCAGAGCUAUUUGCUGGAAAAGUAUGUUUACCACACUUUUAG